CACAUCCAACGCCUCGGCACGACGCACAUGGAGCCCGUUCUGCGCGUCACCUCCGCAUCCGCGACGCCUGGUACCGUCCGGAGAGGCCACGGCCUGCACGUUCAGAUCAGCACCGACCUCCGGCGACAGGCCGCGCCGCUCUCCGCUCUCCGCAUCACGCUCGUCGGCCCGGCGCUCGCCGGACAGCGCGCGGCCAUCCGAGUGCUCGCGCCCACGCUGCUUCCGUUCCGGCUGACGCACGUCCGCGGCGCGCACACGCUGAGCGCGCGCUCCUCAACGACGACCGAUCUCGAUUUCACGCUCGGCGCGAAGCAGCUCUCGCACGCGGCCCUCUUCAGCCUGGUGGACACGGCCGUCGAAGCGGGCGACCCGGUCUUUCUCAUCGAGCUGCUGUGCGAGUGCGACGGCACGGGGACGAUGCCGCUCGCGCAGAUCCCCACGCGCGCUUCGCUCAUUCGCGCGUCGCUCAGCGCGGGUGGCGAUGCUUCCAUCGUCGCGCCGGGCGGCGUGCCCGCGUCGCUGGCCCGGCAGGCGGAUCGGCAGCGCCGUGGCUCGGUGCUGCGCUCGCUCUACAUCUGGCUGCGCUGGUGGGUCUGGGCGCUCGCGUACACGGCCCUCUGCUCGGCGCUGUGCGUCGCCCCCGCCCCGACGCUAGCGUGGCUGCCUGCGCGCGCCUCCGGCGGCCUGCUGCUGAAGGGACAGGCGGACCUGGCGCCGGGAGGGCUGUCGCCUCUCGCGCGCGUGCUUCCACCCGUGCCGGCCUCGCCGCACGCCGCCUUCGUCCUGGGCGGGCUUGCGCAACGGGUGGAGGCCGCCAUGGCCGCCGCCGCUGCCUCUGACAAUGGGACGGCGGCGGUGCCAGCGCUGCCGGAGGCGGUGCCGCCGCUGCUCAAGCGCGCCGCGGGGCUGGUGGGCCGGGCCGCCCUCUCGCUUGAUGAACUGCGUGCCGUCGAGGCGCGCCUGCACGAGGUGGAGCACCAACGCGGCGUGAUAGCGCGCGUGGGCGGCGCCUUCACCUUCAUCAACCUCGUCUGGCUGCUCUCGAUUGUGGGCAUCGCCGUCUCGGUCGGCCCGUCGCUCGUGCACGCGCUCACGCCGCUGCGCGAGCAGCUGCUCCGCCUCGCGCGCUGGCUCUUCCGCCGCGUCAUCGAGCCGCUCUGCGUCCGGCUGCACGUCUACGGCGUCUUCGAGGCGGCGGCGUGGCUCUUCACGGCCGCGCUGCUUCUCGACGCGUUCGCCGUCUUCCACCCGGAAGCGGCGGUGUUCGUGGCCGCCACGUCGGCCGCGCUCGCGCUUGGGCCCUGCUUCGGCUACUCCUCCGCCCUGUGGGCCGCCAAGCUCAAGGGCGGCGACCGCGAGGCGCUCUGCUCGCUGGUGAGCGCGUGGGCGUGCGCGACGCUCACGCCGCUCGCCCUCGCGCACGCCUCGCCGCUGCUCGCCUACCUCGCGACCUUUGCCGCGUACAGCGCGCUCGGCUUCUCGGUGGGCUGCCGCGGCCUCUGCUGGGUCGUCGGCUUCCACUCGAAGCGCGCCGUCGAGCGCGUGUGCGCCACCUCGGCGCUGCUGCUCGCCUCGCACCUGGCGGUGCGCGAGGCGCGAGGCCGUGCCGCCCUCGGCCCGUUCGACUCGCCGCUCAGCGUGGUGGGCGCGCUCACGCUCUACCUCGCGCUGCUCAUCGUCUCGUCGCUCUACUACGAGCGCGGCCGCCGCGCCGAGAAGAGGACGCGCUACGCGCUGCUCAACCUCGCCACGAUGGCGGCGCUGCUGCUCGGCGCGGCCGGCGGGUGGGUGUGCGGCGUGCCCGGCCUCGCCAACACGGCGACCACCUUCACCGUGCUCUGGCUGGUCGAGAAGUACGCUGAGCUGCACCUCGAGGCGCGGUGGAACGGCUGGUUCCUGCUGCUGCUCCUCUCCCUCAGCGCGUACAAGGGUGCGCUGUGGAUGCACGACCACCCGGCGUUUGUCGCGUCGAUGUUUGGAUCGUCGUGA